UAUGGAACAAAGAUUUGAGAGACUUACCUGAGUACCUGUUUUCUUUUUCCCCAAAUUUCUUUGUUGAACAACAAUAACAUAAUAAUUCUUGGAUACAUUCAAUUUUAAAUAUUGUGUUAUAACAUAAUUAUGAUUUACGUCCUAUAUAUAAUUAUCCCUUAAUUUACAAACUAGUGAAUUCCGGUAAAAUAUUUUUUAAAAUACCGAAUUAAAAAUGAGUGGUUUAACGCUAGGAGAUGUGAAUGCGCUUACACUAGAAAUAGGACCAUUUGAAAUAGUACACAGGUGGAGGCGAAUGCCCGAAUGUGAUGAGUUUGUGGGGGCCAGACGGAGCAAACACACCGUAGUCGCCUACAAAGAUGCUAUUUAUGUAUUCGGUGGUGACAAUGGCAAAUCAAUGUUGAAUGAUUUGUUACGGUUUGAUGUUAAGGAGAAAUCAUGGGGAAGAGCUUUUGCCACUGGUACACCACCAGCACCAAGAUACCACCAUUCAGCAGUGGUUCAUAAUACAUCCAUGUAUGUUUUUGGAGGAUACACUGGAGAUAUUCAUUCUAAUUCAAAUUUAACUAACAAAAAUGAUUUGUUUGAAUAUAAGUUUAAUUCUGGGCAAUGGGUUGAAUGGAAAUUUAUGGAUCAAGUUCCAGUUGCUAGGUCAGCACAUGGAUCAGCUGUUUUUGAUAAUAAAUUAUGGAUAUUUGCUGGAUAUGAUGGGAAUGCCCGAUUGAAUGAUAUGUGGACAAUUUCAUUAACUGGAGAGACAAGAAAAUGGGAACAAGUCAGUCAGAAGGGAGAGUGUCCUCCAACUUGUUGCAAUUUUCCAGUAGCAGUUGCUAGAGAUUGUAUGUUUGUGUUUAGUGGACAAAGUGGUGCCAAAAUUACUAAUUCUUUGUUCCAAUUUAAUUUUAUGAAUAAAACUUGGACCCGAAUUUCAACGGAGCAUAUUCUCCGCAACACACCGCCUCCCCCAGCCAGAAGAUACGGCCAUACAAUGGUGGCGUAUGAUCGACAUCUCUACGUCUUCGGUGGAGCAGCUGAUUCAUCAUUGUCUAACGAUCUGCAUUGUUUCGAUCUUGAUAGUCAAACGUGGUCUGUUAUUAUGCCCGCCAGCAAAUCAUGCCUGCCUUCAGAACGUCUAUUCCAUGCUGCAGCUGUCAUAGGCGAAGCAAUGUAUAUUUUCGGUGGAACCAUUGAUAAUAAUGUACGAAGUGGUGAAAUGUAUCGUUUCCAAUUUUCCAACUAUCCAAAAUGUACACUCACUGAUGACUUUGGAAGACUCCUAGAAUCACGACAGUUCUGUGACGUACAAUUCAUCGUAGGUUCACAGCAAAAAGUUAUUCCGGCUCACUUGGCGUUUGUUGCUGCCAGAUCUGCUUACUUGCGGAAUAAAAUACGUUUGGCCAAAGAUACCAGAGAUAGAAAACUUGAAAAACAGUUUGGCACCACAGACGUUCAACACUCAGAGGUUCCAAUGUUGGAAAUAAAAUUGCAGGACGCAAACCCGGAUGCUUUCGAAAUGGUUCUCAAUUACAUUUACAUGGAUUCUAUUGAUCCGACCAAAAGUGCUAAAGAAGGUGAAGAUCCGUUUAGUAACCGUAUAAUACUGCAGAUGAUGGACGUGUACCGUCUGGCCGUUCAGUUUGACAUGGUGCGUCUUGAACAACUGUGUAUCCAAUACCUCAACAACACGAUUAACUUGAAUAAUGUAUUGGACGCGCUUCAUUAUGCUGACAGCCUCCAGUUGGUUUUCAUUAAAGAGUUUUGUCUUAGGUUCAUUGUAAAAGAGGCUAAUUACAAUCAAAUUGUUAUGAGUCAGGAGUUUGAAUCGUUAGACAGGCGGCUGAUGGUAGAAAUAAUUAGACGGAAACAAAAACCUCAAUCUAAAGUAAACAGCGAUGUUGCCUUUGAUAAUGCCGGUAAUUCACUUCAAGAAGACAUGAAGAACUUCUUGAAAUACAAUGGAAAAGAUCUAGUCGAUAUCGAUUUAACAGUAGAUGGGUUUCCAAUUCAGGCUCAUAAAACGGUUCUGGCGGCGCGUUGCGGUUAUUUCGAGGCAAUGUUUAGAUCGUUUAUGCCCGCUGAUAAUAAAGUAGCGGUGCAAAUAGGUGAAAUGGUUCCAUCUAAAGAAUCAUUCAAAUCUCUCUUGAGAUACAUCUAUUAUGGAGAAGUAAGAAUGCCACCCGAAGAUUCCUUGUACCUUUUUUCAGCUCCAUUCUUCUACGGCUUUACGAAUAACCGUUUGCAGGCGUUCUGCAAACAGAAUCUAGAAAUGAACGUGACAUCCGAAAACGUAAUACAAAUUUUGGAAGCUGCAGAUAAAAUGCAAGCCAAUGAUAUGAAAAAGUAUGCUUUGGAUAUAAUUGUGCACGACUUCACAAAGGUAGCCAAAUUGCCGAGAAUCAAAUUGCUCAGCAAGGAACUGAUUCUCGAUAUAUUGAUGGCUUUAUCCAACAAUAUGAGCGACAGUGACUUACGACCAGACGUUAGUACAGUCAGUAUAAAUACGGAUUCUUGAUCGGUAGUGUCGUCUAUGAUUUCACAUAGCGAUUCUCAUAAUUACGGAGUGGUCAUCUCUAAAUUCACUGUACAGGAAUUAUAUCAUGCAAUUUGUAUCGUGAUAAGGAUAGCAGAACUAUUUGGGGAACUAGAUUAAUUUUACUUUGAGACAACACAUUAAACUUGAAAUUAUGCACAAUAUUGUUUAUUAGUUGUUAAUAAUUAUGUAUAUAAAUCUUUCUAAUGUGCUGUUCUAUGUCAAUGUAAUUAUAUUUACUAUUUUCUAUAGAAAUUUUAUGAAAAAUAACUAUAGUAUUGUUAUUAAUACUUGGAGAAAAAGUCCAGUCAAUAUAGUUUAAAUGCAUGUUAGAAAUAUUCUAUGAUGUGAUAUAUGACUCUAAUUUUACAUUUUACUUCUUAUUUUUUCUAUGUGACGUUUCAAAAACUUUUACUCUUUUUAUUUUGUUCUAAAAGAUUUUGAAUAUUUUCUUGAUAAGUAUCAAUUAGUAAUGUAAUUAAUAAUUUUUAGACUAAAUAAGAAUUAUCUUAUGCGAUAAAUAUUAGUAUACGAAUAUUUUAAUUUAUGAAACAAUGUAUAUUUAUAACAUUGAAUCGAAAAUAUAAUCGAAAUAUUAGCUGUCAUUGAGAAAGACUUAAUUUCAUACUUUAUAAAAAUUUAAACAAUUUUUUUAUAUUGCAUGUUCUAAUAUAUAUUAUAUAUAAUUGGUAUUUGAUCUCUAUGUAACACUCUACUUUGUUACGAAAAUUGUGAUUAUUAUAGACUAAAAUUAGUAUUAAU